AUGAAUGAGAGAUAUGGUGAUUCAUAUUACAAGUCUAUGAUCAACUCCAUUGUGACCCAGCUGGGCAGUGGUUCAGAAGAUGACACUACGGAGUACAAGACUCUGGGCCCUCUGAAGGUGACGUACAGCCACACGCAGGGGAACAACCCUAAGGAGCCGAGGGUCUGGCGGCGGCGGCGGCGCGGCGGCGGCGGCGGCGGCAGCGGCAGGAGUCGGCAGCGAAGGACGCGCAUGCGCCCUAGCGCCGAUAGCGACGGUCAACUGAACCGUCGGCCCUUCGAAGGCACUCAGUUGCGUUAUCCGCACCAGGCAUGCAGCAUCUUACUGUCAGUGCAGGUUCUUCACUGUUUGUCCGCAGACACAAACGGAGGAGCGGCGGGCAUUGAGCCUGCGGUGAGUGGCAACCACCCGUCGGCGAAUCUGGCCGUGUGCGAGCCGCGCCACCGCAAGGGCAGGCGGCCGCUGCGCGCCAGCACCGCGUCCGAGCCGCGCGAGCGCCGCAAGUCCAUCCUGGUCAACGCCGACGGCCACCACCACCAGGCCAACGGCCGCGCCGGCGCCGCAGCCGCCGACGGUGAGGCACUGCGUGGAAGAGAAUGUGCCUUUGGUCAUAGUUCUGGAGGCAACCACGUGGUUGUGAGACCCGCACUGCUGCCAGUGCAGUUGUCCCCCUCGUCGAGACACUGCCGCACGCACGGAUCUGCCCGCAGGUCGUGGUGGCUGUCGCUGCUGCGCCGCUGCCACCAGCCCGAGGCGCCGCCGUCGUGGCAGCCCGGCUUCUGGCCGCGCCUCUGCCCGCCGCCGCUGUGCCCCUCCUACCGGUGGGUGGCGCGGCUCCUCGCACUCGCCAUCAUCCUGCUGCUCUGCUGGGCCGUCGCCUUCACCGUCAUAGGCCGCGACGCCGCUCCAGGGGGGCAGCUGUUCCAGCUGGCGGUGCUGGCGCUGGCGGCGCACGUGGGCGGCUGGCUGGCGACGCUGGUGCGCCUGCCCGCGCUCGUCGGCAUGCUGCUGGUGGGCGUCGCCUGCCAGAACCUCGGCCUCUUCCACCUCGAGGACGCCUACGAGGAGGUCUGCUCCGUGCUCAGGCACGUGGCGCUGGUGAUCAUCCUGACCCGCGCGGGCCUCGACCUGGACCCUCCGUCACUGCGGCGGCUGGCGGUGCACGUGCUCAAGCUGGGGCUGGUGCCCUGGCUGGCCGAGUGCGCCGUCGUCACCGUCGCCACGGCCCUGCUACUGGGCCUGCCCUGGAUCUGGGCCUUCCUGCUCGGGUCUGUGGUGGCGGCCGUUUCGCCAGCGGUGGUGGUCCCCUGCCUCUUCAGGCUGCGAGUGAAGGGCUACGGCGUGGCCAAGGGCAUCCCCACGCUCAUCAUCGCCAUCUCCGGAAUAGACGACGCCGCGUCCGUCGCAGUCUUCGGGGUCGUGCUCAGCGUCAUGUUUUCCCAAGGCAGCUUGGCGUACCAAAUCGCACAGUGCCCCGUUUCCGUCAUCGGUGGCAUCGGCUAUGGCAUCGCUUGGGGCUUCCUCGCCAAGUACAUCCCCGAGAAGGCCGACCCGUUCGUGGUGCCGCUGCGCGUGCUGAUGCUGCUGGGGGGCGGUUUGCUGGCCGUGUUCGGCAGCGAGGCCAUCGGCUUCGACGGCGCCGGGCCGCUGGGCUGCGUCGCCGCCGCCUUCGUGUCCUGCGUCUCGUGGACCAGCCAGGGCGUCGACGUCGAAGACAACCCUGUUGCCACAGCGUUUGAGAUAUUUUGGAUGAUUUUUGAACCGAUCCUAUUCGGCAUAACAGGCACACAGAUAAAGUUCAGUGAACUGGAGGGAGACGUUGUGUCGCUGUGCAUUGCUUGCCUCAUAACUGCUUUCGUGUUACGUAUUUUGGUGACGAUUCUCGUGGGAUUCGGUAGCAAGCUCAAUAACAAAGAAAAGAUUUUUGUUGCUCUGGCCUGCAUGGCUAAAGCCACAGUGCAGGCGGCGCUGUGCCUGCAGCCGCUGGAGAAGGUGCAGGCGUCCGGCGGCUCCGAGGAGGAGCUGCGGUACGCGCAGGUGGUGAAGAUGACGUGCGUGCUGGCCAUCCUGCUGACGGCGCCCACCGGGGCCGUGCUCAUCCUGCUGACGGGCCCGCGGCUGCUGACGCGCCUCUCCAAGUCGCGGCCCGGCAGCUGCCGCCACAGCCACAGCGGCCGGCCCUCCCUCCGGGACAUCUCCAUCCUGGACGACGACCGCGAGCCGGACCUGGCUCCGUCCAGAGCCGUGCUGGGGCCCCACGAGAUAGCCGCUGCCUAGCCGACGCGGCAGCCCAGUCAUCUCUACCGUACUUCACAGUGCUUCUGGGGCCAGCCGACGUCCCAACGAAUCACAUCCAAUAACGGCUCGUUUCUUACAAGUGGUUCCAGUAUGGUCUGAGUCUUUGGGACCCAACCUGGACGCUUCUCUCACAUUUUCAACUCACUUCUGGACUUUAUCGUGUUAACUAAUGAAUCCCACAU